CACAAAAAGUCUUUUCUUUUCUUGUUGUUCUAGGAAUUUUAGUUUUGGCUUUUGCUCAUUCUUUACAUCUUUUAUUAAGGCGUACUAGUGAAUAUUCUUAUAAUCAACCAAGUUUUUUUGAUGAUGCUAAUAAUCCUUGGAACCUUGUUCCAACAUAUCAAUUCAUUUCAUCUAAUGGUACUGUUGGAGAAUCAACUCUUAUUGAAACUCCAGAUGAUAAUAUGAAUUGGUUUACAAUGUUUGGCACUUCUGUUUUGGCCGUAUAUUUUAUGCUAACAGGUAUUAUAUUGUAUAAUAAUAAUCAUAGCUGA